GUGGAUUGUGUUUGGAGUAGGCCAUUUUGAGUUGAGUCGAACCAAAUGUAUUUAUGUGUUCUUAUUCUUGAUUUAAGCUUGCUAUUUUGUGUGGGUUCUUUGUAUGAGUGUUGAUUUUCCUAACGCUUGGUGCUAGUUGUUGUAUGGAGCAGAGUUUUAUGAAUUUUCCUGCCAAUUUUGAUAGCACAAGUAUAGGUCUUUCUGUGUUCAAUCUAAAUAUUUACUAUAUUGGAGCAUUAGCAAACUUGAACUGAUUUUCUUUAAUCAAGAGUUCCGGACUAGCAUAAUCUUUCAUUUUAUUCAAAAGAGUCAAAAAAUCCAGUUAUAUUUUUUUAAAACAAUUAUUUUUCGUGUUCACAAUAUUUUCAGGAUAAUUUUACAUGUUUUAGUUUCUUCUAUAGCUAAUUGGACAUGUAAUUAUUAGGAGUUAUGAUCUAUCAUUGCAACAUUUUAAGAAGCCCUCAUUAUUUGUUCUUGCAGAGUUCAUGUGCUCAAUUGUGAAAUAACAGCCUAUCACCUGUGAAUACAUGGAUAAAAGAUUCAUCUAUUAUUUAUAGGUGGAAAAACAAGAACCAUUUCAUCUCACGGAGAAGAAAAUGGCAUAAGUAAAGAGUAUACCUUCUUCCAUAUUUGCAAUGAAACCUAAGUAUGGAAGUUAAAAAUUCCUUUUUAUUCUUUUCUUUUACACUACUUUUAAUAACCUUCAUUAUUUAUAUAUUUAUAAUUGAACAUUGCCAACAGAAUGGUGCAAAGGAAGGUGAUAAAGAACAAGAGUGGUUCAACGUUGUCCACGUGCUCUUUUCCAAAUUGAUGAUGGUUUCACAUGUUAUCAAGAGGAAUUUGACUAAAAUCAAUUAGAGGAUGUCCCGGGUAUGCGAGGAGUCUGGACCGCCUGUCACAUGGAUCUUUGUCUGGUGUCUGUCUUUCCUGCAUUCAUGGAAGUUGCAGAAUGUGCGAGACAAUGUAAAUGGUAAGAAGCUGGUUUUAUUUAAUGUUCAGGUAUUUACGUAUUUACAGCUUCUUUUUUGUACUUCAAUUUCUGUAAUUUCAGUCCAAUUGGAGCUCAAUGAAGGUCUAGAAGCUAGUCCCAUGCUGAAACAAGGUGUGAAAAUGGAUGAUGGGAGGAAGAGAUAUGUGCAAGGUUUACAAAUUACGAUCUGUGGAAGGCUAACUCAAGUUAGAGAUCAGGACGAGGUAAAUUUCUCUUGGAUCUCUCUGUGGAUUUGGCUUUCUGGCCUAUAAAAGUUCAAGUUGCAGAGGCCUUCGUUCUACAAAAGCAAAUGAAGGAAGUUUAGAAAUGCGGUGUUCAAUUUAUGUUAAAGUAGCACAAAGGACA